UUAAACAUGACACAAGCACACGUUUAUAGACCAAUAAAAAAUGAAAAAUUCCACGACCAAAUAAAUUUAUUUAAUACAUUCUCUUCCUCAAUCCUCACACCCCCCACUCUUGACUUCCUUGAUGUUCUUCCCAUGUGUCGAGUCAUUUUAUAAUCGUAUCUCUUUCUUGACUUGUUAAACCUUUCCAUCCCCCAAAGAGUUCAACACAUCUUGAUAAUCAAUCCUAUAAAUUCAUUCCUAAAAGCAUAUCCCACAAGCAUCUCCCUCUCAUCAUCCCACGCAAUCGAAUUCAAAUUGAUAUAUAGAUAUUAUUGUGUUCUUAAUUUGGGGUGUUGUAGAUUCUACCACAAGUAUGUUUCUCCUAAAUUUAGUCGUGUUUAUGGUGGUAAUCAUUGGUUUCUGGUUGAUUCAUAGAAUAUUAUCAAGGACAUCGGUAGGACACUUCUUACAGAAUAAGUGGAGAGGUUUGGAGGAAUUUUUUCAUGUGCAUCAGUUCUACAAAAUCCCUAGAUUCAAUCAACACAUGCAGGAAAAUCAAGUUUAUCGCAAAGUUUUCAUGUAUCUGAAUUCGUUACCUUCAGCUGAAGAUUCGGAUUUUGUUAAUCUCUUCUCCGGUGAUAACAAGCCCAACGAGAUCAAUCUCGUGAUCAACGCUGCACAUCAGAUGUUUUCAGACACGUACCUCGGUUCGCGAAUUUUCUGGAAAUUCGAGAAGGAUAGUUUAGUUUUGAAGAUGAGGACGAAAGAAAAACGUAGAAUUCUCAGUUCCUACCUUCAACACAUUCAUAAUGUCACCGACGAAAUCCAGCAGAAAACGAAGCAAAUCAGGCUACACAUCAACGCGGAAAAAGAACCGGAGAGGAACGGGAGGUGGAUAUCAGUUCCGUUCACUCAUCCAGCAACAAUCGACACGGCGGUGCUCGAUUCCGAUCUCAAAAACAAGAUGAAGUCUGAUUUGGAAUCGUUUUUGAAAUCCGAACAGUAUUAUCACCGUCUCGGCCGUGUCUGGAAACGGAGUUACCUACUCUACGGCCCCUCCGGCACCGGAAAAUCAAGCUUCGUCGCCGGAAUGGCGAAGUUUCUAUGUUACGACAUCUACGACGUGGAUUUGUCAAAAGUGGCCAACGAUUCGGAUCUAAAAUUGCUUCUACUACAGACAACGAGAAGGUCAAUGAUCGUCGUCGAAGAUUUAGACCGGUAUUUGGUUGACAAAUCAACGACUGUAAAUCUAUCUGGAAUUUUAAAUUUCAUGGACGGGAUCAUCUCAUCUUGUGGUGAAGAACGCGUGAUGGUUUUCACAGUCAGCAACAAAGAACAAAUUGAUCCAACGGUUCUAAGACCAGGUAGAAUCGACGUUCACGUGCAGUUCCCCUUAUGUGAUUUUCCCGCCUUCAAAACCCUAGCCAAUAGUCAUUUGGGGAUAAAAGAACACAAGCUUUUCCCACAAGUUGAAGAGAUUUUUCAAACCGGGGCUAGCUUAAGCCCGGCGGAGAUCGGCGAGAUUAUGAUCUUCAACCGAGGUUCACCAACCAGAGCUCUUAAAACUGUGAUUAGCGCAUUAAAAUCAAACAACGAUACAGUAAUCGCUAGCAAAACAAUAUCUGGUGCUAAGAAUGAGGAACCAUUAAGACUGACACAUAGUGUUUCAGUUGGUGGUGCACUUGGUGUGCCAUCGGGAUUAAUUGGGCACGGUGGUCCGGUGGGGUUACCACCACCGCGUUUGAUGCAUAGUGGAUCGGCCAGGACUGUUGAAGAAUCACGUGAAACACGUCUGUUUCAACGGGAACGUAUUCCGACGAUUAAAGAAUUUAAAAAGUUUUAUGGAUUGCUGAAGACGAAGAAUAGUAAGAAGGAGUUCAUGAAUUUUGAUGGAUCAGAGAAGGAAAACUCUCGACAUGACAUCAUGUUGUAAAGUGUUACGAUGUUAAAGAUUUUUUUUUUUUUUUUUAAUUCUGUAAAAUUUCGUAUCAUUUGUUAGUUAACUAAAAAUAGACAAUUUCUUAUUUGUUC